CACCUUUUUUUAAAUUUCAGGUGUACUUCGUAGGGAAGAAUGUCGGGGCGACGGGAGGCACUAGUUGCCGCAGCUUGGAAACAAGGGGGGAAACAACCUAUAGGUAAAGGUCGAAAAAGAAAGAAUAGUGAGGAUGAUGGUUACUUUGUUCCUGCAAGUAAUGGAGCCAAAGAAUCGAACAAUGUAAUCGGUAUCAUUGAAAGAAUACGACUAGAGAAUUUUAUGUGUCAUACAGAGUUCCUCUGGGAGCCUAAUCCAUGUGUUAACUUCGUUACCGGCAAUAACGGUUCUGGGAAAAGCUCCGUUUUACAGGGUUUGGUUCUUGGUUUGAUGGGAGAAUCAAAACACAUAAAACGAUAUUCUAAAAUAAGUGAAUUCGUGAAGAAGGAUUGCAGCAAAGCAGUGAUACAGGUGACCUUGAGAAACACUGGCGAGGAUGCUUAUAAACCUGAGAUUUAUGGAUCUUCCCUCACCUUCCAGAGAACUAUUACAGAUGCUGGUAGCUCAUCUUAUCUUCUCAAGGAUGAGAAUAUGAAGGAUGUUGUGAGAAAGUCUAAGGAUGCUAAAGAUGAAUGUAAACGAAUAUUAGAUAAAUUUCAAAUCCAGGUUGACAGUCCUAUUGUGAUACUACAGCAGGAUGAAGCCAAGGAACUCCUAAAGAUUGAGUCCCCUCAUCAACUCUAUAGAUUCUUCGAGAAGGCGACCUUGAUCAAGCAGUGCUUUGAUGAGUACAGCGAGGCCCAGGCAGAGUAUACCAAGGUUCAAGAUAACCUCAAGGAGAAGAAUAAAUCGCUCCGUCAGCUCACCGCAGAGUACAAGAAGUCCAAGAUAAGAUAUGAGGAGAUCAAAGCUAGCCAGGAGAUGAACGGUGAACUAAUGGUAGCGAAGGGAGAAUAUGCCUGGGUUAGAGUUCAUGCUGCUCGUAAGAAUAUCAUAGAACUACAGGAGAAUAUAAAGAAGUUGACAGAGAUGAUGGAACAGCACAGGGAGAGGUUAAUGAGCGCCCACGAGCUCCUCGCGGAGAAGAAACUCAGGAAGACGGAGAUGUCGGUAUGCCUGGAGGAUGAAAGCAACAAAUUCGGAGCGCAGGAGCAGGAUCUCAUCAAACUCAAGGAGGAGCUGGAUAAACUGAAACAAGAUUUAAAAGAACUAAAUUCCUCCUUGAAGUCGGAAACCAACAAUAAGAACAGUCUAGCCCAGGAAAUCCGGGUUCUUCAAGAUCAAAUUAAUUUCCUGGGAGAAAGGGAAACUAAAGGAGAAUUGCAGAGGAAAGAACAGCGGAGAGUAGCUAUUUUAGCCAAUUUAGAAGAAGAAAAGAAGAAUUUAGAGGAGAAAAUUAAUCAGGAGGGCAUGACCCGUGAAGCCCAGGACCUAAAGAUAAAGCAGGACCAAGAGAAAAUAUUGUUAAUUGAAAAGGAAAUAAAAAAUAAACGUGAGCGGAGAGCUAUGCUCCAGAGGGAGCUUGAUGAACUUCAGGGAGCCAGUGAACAACAUCUAGCUGUGUUUGGAGCUAAAAUACCUCUGGUUGAUAAAGCAAUUAAACGUAGUAAUCAGUUCAGACAUACUCCUGUAGGACCUGUCGGAGCAUAUGUUAAACUUACUGGUGAGGCUGCAACUCAACCUGAGGUAGGCAGAUUAGUUGAAACCGAGAUCAGUAGAGCUCACCUUACAGCUUACCUGACCAAUGACGAUCAUGACAGGAGAGUUUUAAUGCGUAUAUUCGACGACGUGUAUGGCUCAGAUGGAAGAAAUAAACCCAGGAUAUUUACCUCUAAAUUCUUUGCGGUCAACCAUAAUGUGCGCAGACCGCGAUGUUCUGAACCUGUUCUUAUAGAUUAUAUUCAAGUGGAGAGUCCAGUCGUCUUUAAUCAUUUAGUUGAUCAGAAGAGUAUAGAAUCAAUUCUAGUCUGCAGAACACAGGACAGAGCAAAGGCUCUGAUGACCCGGCGAGCUGAUGUACCUGAAGGAGUAGCCUAUGCAAUCACACAUGAUUUUUACAGAUUUUUUCCUGCCAGAGAGAACGCGAGCUAUAGAUCCUACUAUAUUGAGAUUCCAUUAGGAUCUGGAAUGCUAAGAGCCACAAUGUUAAAUCUAGUUGAGGAAAGAAGAGAUGAGAUGAACGGAUUGAACGAACACCUCGGUGAUAUGGAGGUAGAGAAGGCAGAGGUUUUCAAGAGCCAGAAAUCCUUCGAGGCGGAGAAACGGCGUGCAAUGACGGAGAUACAAAGACUGAGAAAGGAAGUGGCGAAUAUUAGCUCUCAAAUAUCUAAGGUAAAGUCUGAAAAUGAGAGUGGAGAUGGGGACUCGGAGAACCUGCGAGCCAGGUUGCGGACCAGACAGACCGAGCUCGCCGUCUCCGAGGAGAAGAUAGAAGAGAUCCUAUCUGACCGAGAGAGCACUACUCGGUUAUUGCGAGAGAAGGAGGGCAGCUUUAAGGAGAACAAGAAGCAGUUGAACGAAUUGAAGACCUCCACCAACCCUAUCACCAGGGAGCUCCGGGUCCUAGAGAGCGAAAUAUCCAGUAAAACCAAGGAGAUGCUUAAUCAGGAGAAGCUUAUAAAGAAGAUCAAAAGUGAGAUUGAAUCCUUGAAAGCUGACAUCAAGAGGAACGAAGAGGAGGAGAAACAGUUCUCUGUUGCUGCCAAGAAGAUCACAAAGAAGGAGUUGAACCCAGACAAGAGUUUAAAACAACUAAACGCCAAGAUUGUCCAGCUGAAGAAGAAACUAGCAAUGAAGCAGGAGAAUCAAGACGUGGAAGUCUUCGUCGAGGAGUUCAACCAUCUCCGGGAGAAAUACAGCAAGCUCAAGAAGAACAUAGAGAACCUAAACGAGCACUUGGAGGUGGUGGCGAAGAUGAAGAACGACCGAAGUGAGAACAUUAUGUGGAUCCGAACCAUGAUCACCAACAGUGUCCGCCGUAGGUUUAACUUGAUGAUCAAGAAGUUCUCCGCCUGCACCGGGUCCGAGAUAUUCCUUCGGAUAGAUCACGUGAAGAAGGAACUGCGGUUUGUGUUUAAAACUGAGAAUGGGAGUCACACAAACUCGGAUGUGUCCUCGUUGUCCGGAGGAGAGAAGUCCUACACUCAAAUGUGCCUCAUCUGCGCUUUAUGGGAUAUGAUGCAACCUCCUUUCAGAUGUUUGGAUGAAUGGGAUGUGUUCCUGGAUGCUGUAAAUAGAAAGGAAAUAUCUAAAGAGCUUUUAAACUUCAGUCUUAACAACAAGGAUCGACAAUUUAUAUUUAUAUCUCCGCAGGGCGCUUGUGAUCUCUCCUCCGUGGACCAUGGUGUAGUUUCAGUAACAGAAAUCAAGAAAUCCUGAUUCUUCUAAAGAAUAAAUCCUAGAAAGCAAUUUUAAACCCUUGAAUUCGGAUCCCAUUUACCCAGUCAAUUCUGAUUCUAUCCAAUCCAUCCAUGUUCUGUUCUAGACUUACUCCAAUUCAUCCUACAACCCUAACACUAUCUUAAUCCAGUCCUUCAUUCAUCUUGAUCCUACAACCCUAUUUUAAGGAUCCAGCCUCCAUUCAUAAAUCUUCAUCCUUCAACCCUAUUUAAAGGAUCCACUCUAUCCUUAUACAACCUCCUUGAUCCAUCUUGAUCCUACAAACAACCCUAUUUCAAGGAACCACUCUAUCUUAAUCCUACCUCCGUUCAUUCAUCUUGAUCCUUCAACCCUAUUUCAAGGAUCCACUCUAUCCUAAUCCACCCUCCAUUUAUCCAUCUUGAUCCUUCAACCCUAUUUCAAGGAUCCACUAUAUCCUAAUCCAGCCUCCAUUUAUCCAUCUUGAUCCUUCAACCCUAUUUCAAGGAUCUACUCUAUCCUAAUCCAACCUCAAUUUAUCCAUCUUGAUCCUUCAACCCUAUUUCAAGGAUCCACUCUAUCCUAAUUCAACCUCCAUUAUCCAUCUUGAUCCUUCAACCCUAUUUUAAGGAUCCACUCUAUCCUAAUUCAACCUCCAUUUAUUCAUCUUGAUUCAGCCAUUCCCUCCGUGUUAUUCUGUGAUUAUAAAUUGUUCAAGAAAAUUUUAAUUUUUUUGUAAACAAUGUUCUUCUUCGGCUUCUUUCUUUGAAUUCUGUAUUUAUUAGUUGCUUUCUUUGUUACUACUAUUCUUUCGUUGUUUGUUUAAUUUUGAUCUAACUACAUGUUCUUUUUUUGUUUAGAUUUUUUUUAUAAAAGUUUUAGCGAUUUCUUCGUUCUUCCAUAUUUCAUAAAUCACAUUUACCACUCAAUUAUUUGGCUCAAAAUGCAACCGUUGAAUUCAAUAUUCACAUAUGUACAGUACUGCGCUUGUGAAGAUUGUUAUUUCAGUUGUAAAUAGAAAAUAUUAGUAUAAAUUCAAUGCCCUGAAACAUUACAAGUCACAUUUAUACUACUAAACCUUAACAUUCACCAGUUGCUAAUGCUAAACUCACACACAAAGUUUUUGUUGUAAAAUUGAAGCUGUAGCAGUACAGUUGUUGAAAGUACAAAAUGUACAGAUAUCUUUGAUUACAGAAUAAUGCGACCUUCCAAGGUUUAUGGUACUAGGGAAGAGGUUAUGGAGAACAUCCAUGAGAUGUAUCGAGAAGAACUGGCAGCGUUGGCAAGAGUAAAAAAGAAGAAAGAGACGAUAAAGAAGAGAAUUGCGUGGAUGAAAGAUUUGAAGAAACCAGAAAAUUAUUUUGAAAAAGUGAAUUUUCGAGAAUUUUGUAAUAAUCAUACAACUGACAAAGAUGAACUAUUUUGGGACAAAUUUGUGGAAUUUAACCAUGGAAUAGAGCCAUGGAAUAAACCUGUACCAGAGUUAGGUCCUGAAACCAAGGUGAUGGACAGACCGCUUCUUAGGCGUCAAAGAACAAGAAUUUAUCCACUAGAGCGCUAUAGAUCGCGUUCUACUUCUAGAUCACGUUCCCGUUCGCGUUCCAGGUCACGUUCUUAAAUCCGCUCUGAGUUUAAAAAUAUAUUCAAUUCUAUUCUUUCUGGAGAAAACACAAGAGAAAAUUCAUGACGUAAUUAUUUUAAAGUAUAUGUGAUUCAUUCUUUUACUUCAG